UUUCCUACGUCAGAAUACACUGAGCUUUGCGCAUGCGCGCUGAUGUAGGGUCUUUGUUGAACCUCUCCGUGCGCCUACUUCCCUCCAAGCUGAUGUUUUAUUUCUAUCAUCAGAGCGUGUUUUAAUAUAAUUUAUUGCUGCUUCUAUAGCACAACUCGGAAUGUAACAGCAGAAUCGAGUGCCUAUCGCGACAGAAAAGCGACUCCCAUGUAUACAAACAAACGACGAGCUGGUUUUAAGGUGGCGCGUCAACAACAGCUGAACUCUACAACCACCUAGCGUAUUAUUAUUUUCCUUCAUCUCUCCAUCUUUCGCUUCGUGUUGUUUCAUUGGAUCGACGAUGGGGAUCACUGUAGCACUGUGUUAAGUGGGGUCACGCCCGUGUCAUUGCACACGAACAUGAGAGAAGACUGUGGUUUGUUGUCUGGACGGCUGCCCAUGGCAAGCGGAGGAAGGGUGCCACUUUCCUGCUGGUCCUGCUUGAAGGAGGAGACGGGAGCACCAGGCCCGCUGCCAUCUGCCCGUCCCGAGUAGACCUCCAGGGUGUCCGUCAUGGAGACCGUGGGGAAGUUCGAGUUCAGCCGUAAGGACCUAAUCGGACAUGGCGCAUUCGCAGUCGUGUUCAAAGGCAGGCACCGAGAGAAACAUGACUGGGAGGUGGCAGUCAAAUGCAUAAAUAAGAAGAAUCUCUCCAAAUCUCAAACACUAUUGGGGAAAGAGAUCAAAAUACUCAAGGAACUGAAACAUGAGAACAUUGUUGCUUUGCUGGACUUUCAGGAAACGGCCAGCUCAGUGUACCUGGUGAUGGAGUACUGCAACGGCGGGGACCUGGCAGACUAUUUACACUCUAAAGGCACCCUUAGUGAGGACACCAUCCGCGUGUUCCUGCAGCAGAUCGCAGGGGCUAUGCAGGUCCUGCACGGCAAGGGCAUCAUCCACCGGGACCUGAAGCCCCAGAACAUCCUGCUUUCCUACCCGCCGGGGCGCAAAUCCCACUCCAACAACACCUGCAUCAAGAUCGCUGACUUUGGCUUCGCCAGGUACCUCCAGACCAACAUGAUGGCUGCCACUCUCUGUGGAUCUCCCAUGUACAUGGCCCCUGAGGUCAUCAUGUCCCAGCACUACGAUGCCAAAGCGGACCUCUGGAGCAUCGGCACCAUCGUGUUCCAGUGCCUCACUGGCAAGGCCCCCUUCCAGGCCAGCAGCCCUCAGGACCUACGCCUCUUCUACGAAAAGAAUAAGAAUCUCAUCCCAAGCAUCCCCAGAGAAACCUCCAGUCAUCUGAGGGUUCUGCUGCUGGCUCUGCUUCAGCGGAACCACAAGGACCGCAUGGACUUCGAUGAGUUCUUUACUCAUCCGUUCCUCGAGAGCAGCUCCUCUACCAAAAAGACGACUCCAGUCGUCACCAUGACGUGUUUUUCCAGUUCUGCAUCGGCCAGCUCCUGCAGCAGCUCCUCCACCUCCCACCUGGCCUCUCCCCCGCUGUCCCUGGCUGAAGGUCAGCCACCGCGGCCCAAGACUCUGGCCUCUCCUACCCAGGAUGCAGCGGGGUUCCUCAAGGACUCCUCCGGGGGCGCCGGCAGCAGCAAGAACUCGUCUUCGUGCGACACGGACGACUUUGUGAUGGUUCCAGCCCAGUGUCCCAGCGAGGCCGCAGCGUUCCAGGACAGCUUGAUGAACAGUGGCUCUAUGCUGGCCUCGGCUGGACUGUGUGUCCAGGCCAGGACCCCCCCACACUCUCCCUCCUACAGCACAUCCCCCAACCCAGUCAGCAAGCCCAUUGAGUGCUCACCGAGUAACUACGGUGGUCACCAUGGAAACCGCGGCCAGUCAGUGCCUAUCCCCGUUCCCACUCAGGUCCACAACUACCAGCGCAUGGAGGAGAACCUCAGUUCACCCAGGACGGACAUCUCCCCACGCUUGUCCAGCCCGGUCCAUCGCUGCGGCAGUGGAGGGUCGCUUGGCUUCUUCAGGAUGGGACCCCCAUCUCCGUCCAGCCACGGACCCCAUCCCCCCAACAGCAGCACCCCCCGUAGGCAGUCCAUCGGAGGGGCCAAGACUCUCCCUCUCAUCCCUCACGCCUUCCAGUCCACUGAGCCAAAGCCAGCGCCCCAGCAGCCGGAGUCCGGGCUGGGCACGCGGCUCCACAGCGCCCCCUGUCUGCUGGAGUGUGCUGGCGGUGGCGGCGUUAGGCAGAAGGUCAGGAAGCAGCACUCUGACCCUGUGAUGACCCCCCAACCCCUGCACCCCUCCCCCAGGAUCAGCCCCCUCCCCACCAUCCUCGGCUCCCCCUCCAGGACCAUCCCCCCCUUUGAGUUCCUGAACUCCCCCUCUGGCUCCCCCAACCUGGUGACCUUCCUGACCCAGCAGGGCCUGGUUCUGGGCCCCGCCCCGCCGGAGCUCCCAGCGACGGCCCACCGCACGGCCCCCCGGCCCCCAUACCAGGACCCCCGAGGCGUCGGACGGUCCAGCAGUGCUAGCCGUCUCACUGAAAUGCUGCUGAUGGCUGCGUUUGGAGCAGGAGGAGCAGGGGGAGGAGGAGGAGGAGGGGGAGGAGGAGGAGAAGGAGGCGUGGCCGCUGGCGAACCAGGAAACUCGGAGCCCGUGACCUCGGCCAGAGCAAUAGACAUAAAAGCGCCUCCUGGUUGUGGAGGGGCCCCCGGAGGCCCAGCUCAGGUGGUCUUCACUGUGGGCUCCCCGCCCAGCAGCAGCACCCCCCCACAGACCCUCAGACACAGGAAGUACUCAGGCUCCCCCAGCUCCGUCAGUCCGGUGGGCUCCUUCUCUCGCCUCUACGCCCACGCCGGCACCUGCGUGGACGGCCUGCAGGGGUCCUCCUGCCCACGCUACGGCCCGGCCGACCCCAUCGCCGCCAAUAUGGGCGGGCCCGUGUCCUUCGAGGCCCCUGAGCUCCCGGAGGAGACCCUGAUGGAGCAGGAGCACACUGACACCCUGCAGAGCCUGCGCUUCACGCUGGACUUCUGCCGCUGUCUGCUGGAGGUGGCGGGGGCCCGGGGGUCCAGUGAGGCGGACGGGGACCGGGGGUCCGGAGGGGCCCUGGACCGGGGCAACUCCAUCCUCCAACAGCAGAGCCUGGUGGCCGAUCAGAUCAGCUCCUUCAGCAGAGAGUGGAGUUAUGCAGAGCAGCUUGUCCUGUACCUGAAGGCUGCAGAGCUCCUGUCCAGCGCCCUGCACAUGGCCAUGGAGCAGGUGAAGCAGGGCAAGCUGUACCCCUCCACCACCGUCAAGCAAGUGGUGCGGCAUCUGAACGAGCUCUACAAGAGCAGCGUGGGGUCGUGCCGAGGGCUGAGUGGCCGCCUGGAGCACUUCUUCUCCAGGAAGCAUCUCCUCAUGGACCACGUCUCCUGCAUCCGGGCCGAGAGGCUGCUGUUCAGCCACACGGUGCACAUGGUGAAGGCGGCUGCACUCGACGAGAUGUUCCAGCAGGGGGCAUCUUCGGCCAUGCGCUACCACAAGGCCCUGCUGCUGAUGGAGGGCCUGACGCUGCUGCUCACUGAACAGGACGACAUCCUCAGUGUUAGCAAAUGUAAAGAGUGCAUCGAGAGGCGUCUCACAGCUCUGCAGUCGGGGCUCUGCGCUUGAAAUAGAGCGAGACACCCCCGCUAGAGCCUGGAUAUACUGCAUCGUUAGGGUGUCAAUCACCUUACCCUUAGCCCCGCCCCCCUCGCCCUUUCAACCCUGCUGAUUGACAUCCCGGUCCACAAAUAGCUCCCACCAAGUGACAUGCUGUUUUGAGCUCGUCCACCCGCUGAGGCUUCGCAACGCCCCCACAUGUGUCAAGAUGCUGAUGUGUCUCAUCCCCGGACAUCACUUCACAGCGCUGGGACUUAUUAAGUGUCGGUGUUGUUGUGAAGGAGGAGCGUCCGAUUUCUUGAUGGAGGACGGAGCAGACCCCGGUGUGGAGGAGUUUAGCCUUAUCUCACCCGAGCUCGGUUAUUCCUUAUGGAGCUGGCCUAACGACCACGUGGGUUCAUAUAGCCACAGCUAAUCACACCUAGCCAAGUAGGGCCAUAUGCUUAUCCGGCAAAAAUAGAUGUACUAAGGACUCACUUUCACUACAUGCAGAAAAUGCUGUAUUUAAAAGUCCCUUGUCGACAAUAGUGGCAAUGUAACUCUGAGCUUUAGUGUGUGUUUUUAUUUUAAGAUUUAAGUUAUGUACCAGGAGUUUUGUGAGUUUUCACAAUCCAGGAACUAUUCCUGUCCUUUUGUCACUUUAUGGAUCGCUGUAAUUAUCGAUCACUGUAUUUAUGGCUCGCUAUGUUUGCCAUAUCAAAGACUACGUUCAACUUUCUUCCGAGGACUGGACUCAAUAGUGUAUCAGUGAAAAGCCGUUGUACAGGCUCUCUCUAUAGAUGAAAGCUGGAUACGCUGCCUGCAACAGACAGAACCUGGAACAAGGAAUGGAUCACUGUGCAGGAACACACUGAACUGUGUUGGUCAUGCAGGCAAUCACCGUGACUUUAACAGGGAUUCAUGGACGUGUUGCAGCAUGAGCAACGUCUCUAGUACCUUAAGUUGAUUUUGGACGAGUUGAGUUGAAUUGCAUUUCUCUUGCCUGUUGUGAUCUGGUUUUUAUUGGGGGGGGGUGGGGGGUGAUAGCGAGUAUAAUCAGUUAUUGAAUGUCAAGGUUCGUUCAGUGGAGACCACAACCAAAAGGAGUUUAUGGUAAAGGCCUGAGGGCCUGAGUGAGCUGCAGUGUUGAACUGUACUGAAGCAGUGUGUGGACUGAGGUUUGGUGGUAUUUGCUGAACAGUUUUAGCUUGUUUUGUAGAUCGCUAUCUGUAUGGGCUGCAUUUUGUGGAAUUUCAUUUGGUUGCUUCUCAAUAAUAGCGUUUGUAGGUAGAGCCCCUGGUUAAGGUUGGUGUGUGUGUGUGUGUGAGUGUUAAGCUUUUCAACCUUUCGAAAGCGGUUUUAGAAGUUGAUGAAUACAAUUUGAAAAGCAAAAAUGUUGAACACUGAACACAUUUUGAAAAAGGUGUUUUUUAUUGGGUAGCCCAAAGAUGGUCUGCAUUGGAUUUUAAGUGUGAAACGUGUGGAAACCCCUUUUGUGUUUUAUGUAGAAUUUGACCAACGAUGUUCUCCAACAUCCCAGGUGUUGUUAUGAAUGUGGCACCAGCGGUAUGGGUCAAUUCCUGGUUUCCUUCAGAAAGACUUGACGUGAGCGGUAUGCAUGAUGCCAUUGUUGUGGGAGGUGUUGAUGGAUAGUGUGGUGUACACAGAUCUAAAGAAGUGCUGUAUACACAUUAGUCCCAUUUUGAUGAUGCUGUUUGCGUAAGGGGCACUUUUCUUUUAUAC